CAUGCAAAGUCCUACAGCUGUCACUAUGGCAACAUUUCUUGCUGUUUGUCCUACUCAGUGUGUGAAGCUAGCUUUGGCUGCGUCCUGAGGCAGGGAGUCCUGCUAACAGCGUCGUUUGCGUUGACUCUGUGUAACUGUGAGCAGAGAAACCUCCGGUGAGAAGAGAUCUUACAGAGAGAGGAAGACGAAGCAGGAGCUGUGAGUUUGUGAGGAGGAGCGCUGGAAGAGUGCGAGGCCUGCAGAGUCAAAGUUACACAUUCCUCAGUCUGGAAGGAGACAUCUGGAAAACUUUAACCUCAAAGAGGCGGGGGGAGGAGAGAAUGGGUUUCAGCUAGAGACAUUAUGAUUUAAAGCCCAGUUGAGGAACAGGAAGGGAACCGGAGGCGGAGCUUCCCAUGGAGCCAAGAGACACGGAGCCAUCGACUCGCCGGACUCUAAAAGCUUGAUGGAGGCCAGCGGAGUUCCCCAGGACGCAGGCCACAGCGGCCCCCUCAGCCGUUCAUCCUGCUCUUCCUCACUCCCCCCCCCCAGGCCGGGCCGGCCCCCGCCCCCGCCCCUCCUUUCGAGACCCUCCCAGCUCCCAGCGCCCCUCUUUCCUCCUCUUCCUCAUCCUAUCUCUCCUAUCAUCCUCUCCUCCUCUCCUCCCCGCGACCCGACCUCUGACCCUACCGUAGCCCCUCCCUCCAGUCCGUUUCUGCUCAGCUCUUUGGACCGGCUGCUGGGGAGCGUCUCAGUGUGGCAACUCAGAGGCCUGAGUCCGGACACCGCCUCCAGAUUCCUGGAGAACCAGCCAGCAGGGACGUUCCUGGCUCACACUGCAGCAGAUCGGGUCACCAUGAUCUCGGUCCGGCUGCCCGAUGAAGGCGGUGCUCCGGCGGUACGCGGUGUGGCGGUCCAACAGCAUCACACCUUUGUUCACCUGGAGGGAUCCUCGCUGCUCUUUGAUGACGUCUUCAAGCUGAUCUCCUUCUACUGCACCAGCAGAGACAUUCUUGCGAUGCCAUUGAAGUUACCUCUGUCUGUUGCCGUGGCAACCAGGGAAGAGGACCUGGAGGUCCUUUCUGCUUUGGGUAAAGAUUUCUGGAUGUCUGACCUGAACCAGAGGCCUCAGAACCCGGACCGGACCGAUCAGCCCAACGCCUACCUGUAUGUCAACCCAGUGCCUGUGGAGGGGCCCAGCUCAGAAAGAAAAUCCUCCGUCUCCAAACCAGAGUCCUUCCUCAGUGAAGCAGUUACCCCCUCCCUGCAGAAUGGAGAAAUGUCAAAGAAAUCAACUCCACAGGUCAAAGUUCCCAAACGGCCGCCCCCCCGACCCCCCAUCCUGACUUCAGGCCUUCUCUCCUCUCCUCUCUCACCUCCAGCUACAUCUUCUGGUACUCCAGAAUCUGACAGAAAAGAGGAAGAAAGAGUAGUGAGUGAGAAAGAAGGGAGGAAGUCAACAUCGCCUCCACCGCCGAGACCUACCGCCCCCCAGCUGCCCCAGGGGGCAACACCUCCCGCCCCCCAGCUGCCCCAGGGGGCAGCACCUCCUGUCCCCCAGCUGCCCCAGGGGGCAGCACCUCCUGUCCCCCAGCUGCCCCAAGGGGCAGCAUUUCCUGUCCCCCAGCUGCCCCAGGGAGCACCAUUUCCUGUCCCCCAGCUGCCCCAGGGAGCACCUCCUGUCCCCCAGCUGCCCCAGGGGGCAGCACCUCCUGCCCCUCUUCAGUGUACCUCAGGAUGCCAGCUGUCAGCCAAGGAAGACGGACAGAAUCUUGUAAAGAACACUGAGGGAGAAAAGAGGAAGGAGAAAUGGGGAAGUAGGGCAGGUCUGCUGGGCGAGGAGGCUGAACAGGAGGAGGCUGUGAAAAGGAAAGCGCCGGAGGAACAGGAGCUGAAGCUGUUGAAGGAGGACAUGCUAAAGACCAACUCCUCAUCUUGUCUGGCGAUAAAGAAGCCUUCUCGCCCGGUCCCGCCUCCAAGGACUAAGCCCACCUUCGCCAACUCAGCUGGGAGCUCCAACAAGGCAGCUGGAGGACCAACCGAUCAGAGGGCAGGGAUGAAAGCUCCCCCUCCCUCACCGCCUCAGCGCCCAGAUGUGUCCCUGUACUCGCCACAGGGGGGUGCUGCUCUGGCAGCUGACCUCGAUUCCUGCUCAACCAGCAGCACUGAGGAAGAGGGAGAGGUUAACCAGGAGCAAGAUGCAAACCCCAGGGCUCCUGCAGACAGAAGCUGCACCAAAGCAGCCGUCAGGAGAACCCCGACCAUCAUGUUGGACCGAGCCCGCCUCCGCCUCUCUACCGUCCUUACUGGACUCAUCCACCAUGACGGCCGCCUCACCAAGCGCAUCAUUGAGUUGGCCAGAGACCCUGUUAGCUACUUUGGUAACCUGGUCAAGGACCACAGAGCUUUCACCCUGGAGACAAUGUCCAAGCAUACGACAUCCACAGAGCUUCUGCAGGAGAUCAGACAGAUGAUGACCCAGCUGAAGAGUUACCUCCUGCAGAGCACAGAGCUGCAGGCUCUGCUGGAGCCUCAGCAUCAGUACACACAAGACAAGCUGGAGACUCUGGUGGAAGCGGCUCUGUGUAAGAGCGUCCUGAAGCCGCUGAAGGAGCCGAUCUACCGGAGCCUGGAGAGGCUGCACGCCGAGAGCCGGAGGCAGAUGGAGCAGAACCAGGCCAUGGUCCUGGCCAGCACCACCACGGCGUUGGGGAUCUGCACCUCCGUCCCGGAGGCGGCAGCAAUGGAGCGGAUCAGCCUGAAGCUCCGCAAGCUGCACCAGGAAUAUUCACCCCAGAGGAAGAUCCAGCUGCUGCUGAAGGCCUGCAGGCUCAUCUACCACUCCAUGUCCGUCAGCUGCCCAGGGCGGGCCCACGGCGCCGACGACUUCCUGCCUGUGAUGAUGUACGUCCUGGCCCGGUCCAACAUGGCCGCCCUGCAGCUGGACGUGGAAUACAUGAUGGAGCUGAUGGACCCGGCGCUCACCCAGGGCGAAGGUUCCUACUACCUGACCACCACCUACGGCGCGCUGGAGCACAUCAAGACGUUUGACCAGCAGAGGUCAGCGACACGGCAGCUGAGCAGAGAGGUCCAGGACUCCAUCCACCGCUGGGAGAGGCGGCGCACCCUCAACCAGGAGCGGAGUGGCCACGACUCUGUUCGGGACUUCCUGACUGUGUUUUGUCCUGAGAUCGGCGUCAACCCGAAAACUCUGGGCGUCCUCCCAACGACGAGCAUCCAAGAGCUGACCGAGCAAUGCGCCGCGCGCUUUGAGCAAGCUGGUUUCACGCUGAGUGUCUUUGUGGAUGGAGUCCUGCAGCCCGUCGCUCCUACAGACCGGGCCCUGAGCGUCAAGAACCGCUGCCAGCCCGGAGCCUACUGCUUCCUCUACCACCUCCCCGACCAACCCAGCACCCUCCAGGUCCGACCCGACCGACCAGAACCCCCACAGGUCCGGUCCUGUCCCUCUGCCCCGCCUCCUCCGCCGCCUGGUGAGGACCUCCAAAUUGUCAGUCCUGGGAAACCGGAGGAGGAGGAAGCCCUGAUUGACCUUUAACCCCUGAAGCAUCCGAGGCAGAGCGUUGCCAUGGUAACUGCAUGACAGAGCAGGAAUGUAUUUUGGCCUCAGAGCUGAAGCUGAGGAGAACCUGGAGAACCGAAUCUGGACCAGACGGGUCAGAACUGAUGAUGAUGAUGAUGAUGAUGGUGAUGGUUAAGGACCAAAGAAAUGUGAUCAAUACAUUUUAUCAUCAUAGAAAUCCUUACCAUUACCAUAGUAAUAAUUCCUAUGACGAUGGAAAUCCUUACCAUGGAUUAGGAUUGAUGAUGUUGAUCACCACCACCAUCAUCAUCAUCAUCACCAUCAUCACCCAGGGUUUCCUCCAGUGUAUUUUAGGUCUGGCGGCCCGCCAUGCUUUACGAGCCCCACCGCCAGGCUAAGCCUUUCUUGUUUAUGUUUUUUGGAAAAUAUAAAUAAAAAACUUUUCUUUUUUGCAAA